ACGGGCCCCUCGGAGGCGGGCUCCCAUGCGCUCCGGCCAUGGCGCGCCUGGGCGCUGUGCGCUCCCACUACUGCGCGCUGCUGCUGGCCGCGGCGCUCGCCGUCUGCGCUUUCUACUACCUCGGCUCCGGCCGGGAGACCUUCUCCAGCGCCACCAAGAGGCUGAAGGAAGCCCGCGCCGGGGUCCCCGCCGCGCCCUCGCCGCCGGUGCUGGAGCUGGCGCGGGGCUCCGUGGCGCCAGCCGCGGGCGCCAAGGCCAAGAGCCUGGAGGGCGGUGGGGCCGGGCCGGUGGACUACCACCUGCUGAUGAUGUUCACCAAGGCGGAGCACAAUGCCGCGCUGCAGGCCAAGGCCCGCGUCGCGCUGCACUCGUUGCUGCGCCUCGCCAAGUUCGAGGCGCACGAGGUGCUUAACCUUCACUUUGUGAGCGAGGAGGCCAGCCGCGAGGUGGUCAAGGUCCUUCUGCGGGAGCUCCUGCCGCCCGCCGCCGGCUUCAAGUGCAAGGUCAUCUUCCAUGAUGUUGCUGUGCUGACCGACAAGCUCUUUCCCGUGGUGGAGGCCAUGCAGAAGCACUUCAGUGCUGGCUCAGGGACCUACUACAGCGACUCCAUCUUCUUCCUCUCAGUCGCCAUGCAUCAGAUCAUGCCCAAAGAGAUCCUGCGGAUCAUUCAGCUGGACCUGGACCUAAAGUAUAAGACCAACAUCCGGGAGUUGUUUGAGGAGUUUGACAAUUUCCUACCAGGUGCCAUCAUCGGCAUAGCCCGAGAAAUGCAGCCCGUGUACAGGCACACAUUCUGGCAGUUCCGCCAUGAGAACCCCAAGACCAAGGUUGGGGGCCCGCUUCCCGAGGGGCUUCCUGGCUUCAACAGCGGGGUAAUGCUGUUGGACCUGGAGGCCAUGCGCCAGUCUCCACUCUAUGGCCGCCUGCUGGAACCGGCACAGGUGCAGCAGCUGACCGACAAGUACCACUUCCGCGGCCACCUCGGGGACCAGGACUUCUUCACCAUGAUCGGCAUGGAGCACCCCGAACUCUUCCACGUGCUGGACUGUACCUGGAACCGGCAGCUCUGCACCUGGUGGAGGGACCACGGCUACAGUGACGUCUUCGAGGCCUACUUCCGGUGCGAGGGCCACGUCAAGAUCUACCACGGGAACUGCAACACCCCUAUUCUGGAGGACUAGGCACGUUCUCUCCCACCUUGCUCCUGGUGCCUCUGGAUCUAGAAGAAAGACAGGGGCUCCUCAAGACAGACCCCGGGGCAAUGUGAGAACUGCUAGGGAGACACUAUGGGGCCAUUCUCUGUGACCAAGGUGCUGAAGAGCUCCCGCCUGCUGGACACUGUUCUGGCCACCCACUGAGGACUGGCCUGUGUGUUGGGUGCUCGGGACCUUCUUCCUCCAGGGGACUAAGGCGUCAUGAAGGACAAUAACACAAUCACAUUCCAGUGGGCUGGACAGCAAGCACUUGAAGAGAAGGAAGGAAAGAAAAUGGUGCCCCUUGCCGUCCACCCCCAAGGAAUGGAAAUCCUUCUAAGAAUGGCCUUUCUUGGACCAUUAUACAUUUAAUUUAAAUUGGCAGGCUUCCAUUUGUGCGAAAGAAUAAACAGGACUACUGUAGUUCCCGGUGAACCCUAGGCAAGAAAGCCAGGAUUUUAACAACCAGCCCUGAGCUGAAGCAUCAGGAUGAAUGCUGGCCCUCCACAUCCUUACCCAGGGGGCUGUGAGCUUGUUCUCCUGAUGCAUCUGGCGUAGGGUGAAAGGUUGCUCCUCUCUGGAGACGGCCUUCAGGGCCAGCUGGGGCCCAUGCAAGAAAAGCAGUCUCAUUAUUGUAGCCUUCACAGCUUUUAUCUCCCAGCUCUGUCACAGAUCCCCCACUGACCCUCAUUCAUCCAAGCCAACUCAAGCAACCAGACAGCACUCAGAGAACAAACCCACUAUUAGAGAACAGAGAUUGGCUGCCCGCAAUGACACGUAGAAGAAUUGUCUGGACUGGGAAGACUCAUUCCCAGGAGCAGCCCAGAAGUUCUUGAAUGUGACUGUGUGGGCUCAGGAAGGGUGUCACUCAUGGGCUUUUAAGCAUUCGGGUUUCUUUGUUUAAAAAAGUCAUCCUCACUACUAUUGUACCACAUCAGCCCCUGUACCUUAGCAGAAAUUAUAGUGUCAUUUCUUUCUCUUUUUUUUUUGAUAGGGGCUCCUAUAAGUGAGCUGCAGACACGAAAUCCCUGGUGGUCCCUUUCAUAUGGUCCAACUGAAGUCCUUGGGGGAGAAAUGUGGUAGCAUUUUCAUCUUUGUUUCCGUUUCAUUUACUUUUUUAUAUAUUUUCAUCAUGAGUGAGAAUAGCUAAUAAAUAAUCUUUGAAAAAACA